AUGAGGUACCCAGUCUUUCUAGUAGCUAUCAAUCUGCUUCUGGUCGAUCAGAUCUUAUCAAGACCUGUCAGAGAGACAAUAACGCUCUCAAGAGACUACGAGAAAGUGAAGGGUAGAGCUGUGUCAUCAGCCUCUUUAGCUUCCACCCAGGCAUCAAUUACGAAGUCGAGCAUUUCCAGCAAUGUCAGGUCUGCUUCUAAAACCCUCAGCUCUACGAGCAAGACUUCGCCAACAAAGCCAGCUACUAGUUCUUUCAAGUCGACUGUUUUAAGUAAGACUGUGAGCCCACCCGCAACGCAACAUGUGAGCUCUAUGGCUUCUUCGAUCUCGGCCAAAGCUUCCUCCAAGUCCUCCGCUGCUGCCUCCUCGUCUACUGGAUGUGUUUCCGCAUCCGGCGAUGCUCCUUAUUCAUUAUCUUGUAGCGCCCUCGCAAGUGUCAUAACCUUCCCAAACGGGUUUCAAAACAAAGCCGGCGGCAUCGUGUUCUUGGUGCACGGGACAGGUAGCACAGGCUCAGAAACAUGGUCGACUGGCCCUUACAAUACUAUCUUGCCUAAUAAGGGUAUCGGAUACGACAUCGCGUGGUUCACCUCUCCCACUCGAUCUCUUGGAGACGCACAAGUCAAUGCCGAAUAUAUAGCUUACAAUAUCAAGGCUCUGGCACAGAAGAGCAGAACCGGAAAGGUAUUUAUUAUUGGUCACAGUCAAGGAAAUAUCAAUAUCCAAUGGGCAUUGGAAUUCUGGCCAAGUAUGAGACAAUACGUUUCUGGUUUCGCGUCUCUGGCUGGGGAUUUCCACGGAACCGCAGAGGGGCCACUGCUUUGUACAGGACAGGAUCUCCUUCAAGGCGGCUGUGAGCCAUCUGUUUUACAACAAAGCGUGGGGUCUCACUACCUAGCCGCUCAAAAUGCUCAAGGAGGAGCUGCGUUAGUCACUACGACCAGCUUGUACACGCUUGAAGAUGAUAUCAUACAGCCCGAAGUCAUAAAUCCAACUAGUGACAUACCGGGUGCUACUGUGAUAUCAGUACAGCAGGCUUGUCCAACGUACAUCACAGAUCAUUUUGGAAUGACGGUCGCUGCCCCUGCAUUCUAUCUUGCUUACGAUGCUCUCACACAUGGCGGCCAGGCAAGCCUUACAAGGUUCACCAGCUCUCAAUGUACAUUUUUGGGCGAUGCUACAAUCCCGAAUCCAUUUGUCGAAGUACCAGGGUUGUUCGACAAGCAGCUCUAG